AUAGAUCCUUUCAAGCUUAUCCCAGGUGAGCUCGUGAUUCAUCGGAAGUUUGGGAUAGGACGUUUCCUUGGCGUCAGAAGCAUCGCCAUGGACGAUUGCUCUGGCAAAGAAUGCCAUUCUACCAAAGAAUGCCAUUCUGCCAGUACUCGUGUGGGAUAUCUCUUCAUCGAGUAUGCAGAUGCCACAGCUAAGAUCAGGCCCGAGAAAGCUCGUUUCCAGCUCUACAGAUUUGCUAGCCCCGGAACAAUCAAAUCCGGUGUUAAAAUCCCAAAACUAUCAAGGAUUAAGGAUCGGAAACGAUGGGAGCAACGAGAGAACAUUGCGCGGAAGCAUAUUCGUCACUUGGUGAUGGGUCAAAUGUCUAUCUACCUCCAGCGCCUCCAAAGCGUGCGAAAACCUUAUUGCCCACCUUCCGAAGACAUCUAUCAGCGUUUCAAUGAGUUGUUCCCGCAUGAUCUGACGCCAGACCAAGCAUUAGCUGUGCAAGACUGUUAUGAAGAUUUGACAGAGCGUGAUACGCCAAUGGAUCGCAUUAUAGUAGGUGAUGUAGGAUUUGGGAAAACUGAAGUUGCCAUGCGGGCCGUAUUCCGCGUGUUUUCAGGCGGUGGUCAGAUCUUUGUGCUUGCGCCGACCACAGUGCUAGCAAAGCAACAUGCGGCAACCAUGACAGCCCGACUUCGGCCUUUUGGCGCGUCCAUUGAUCUUAUGACUCGAAACGUUAAAGAAGCAGAAAAAAAAGAUAUCAUUGAGCGGUGGUUAGCGGGGCGCAUACAUGUGUUAGUCGGAACCCACAGUCUGUUAAACUUGCCAUCCACGAUGUAUGAUCCGCUGAAUUUGCUCGUGAUCGACGAAGAACAGCGAUUUGGCGUGAAGCAUAAAGAUAAAAUUUCCUCUCUGAAAUCAUCUGUAGAUGUCUUGACAUUAUCAGCAACUCCCAUUCCUCGCACAUUGCAUAUGGCGAUGGCUGGUUUUCGUGACGCAUCGCUAGUUACCACUCCGCCUCCGGAACGUCGACCGAUCAUUACGAGACUUCAGGUCUACGAGCAGAGCGUUGUACACCAGGCAAUCCAAUAUGAGCUCGGUCGCGGUGGCCAAAUAUUUUAUGUUGUCCCCAGGAUACAAAUGAUGAAUGCUGCAAAGAAACGCCUGAAGGAAAUUUUUCAGGACAUCAUCAUUUUGGAGGUGCAUGGCCAAAUGAAAGGAGAGUAUCUGGACCAUGCUAUGGACGAGUUUGCUUCAGGACGAGCUCAUAUCUUGCUCUGCACCACAAUUGUAGAGUCUGGAUUAGAUAUUCCAAACGUCAACACGAUAAUUGUUGAGGAGGUCCAGCAAUUUGGCCUCGCAAGUCUUUAUCAGCUGCGCGGUCGUGUUGGGCGCGCAGGACGGCAAGCGUACGCGUAUAUGUUUCACGCGGAACGCGGUGGCAUGCACAAUGAUGCACAAGAGCGUUUACUGGCGCUGGAGGAAUGCUGUGGACUAGGAGAGGGAUUCAGACUCGCAGAGCGCGACAUGGCUAUUCGUGGUGUUGGUACUCUUUUUGGUGAAAAACAGAGUGGUGAAAUGGACAGCAUUGGUGCUGAUUUAUACCUUGAAUUCCUUUAUGAACAACUGGAGAAAAUAGAAAUGCUUAGCCUUAACCCCAUAACUCCUAGUGAAGUGCAUGUCCCAGUUUUCCCGACAGUGCCUAAGCUCACCCGGGAAUACGUGGUAA